AUGAGAACGGAUACUGGGUUACACGUCCGGGAUCAUGAUGGUGGCGGCGGCUGCUCAGCCGGUCUGAGACCCAAUCUUGACUGCUUGGGGCAUGAAUCGCUCGGGUUCGGACUGAAGCUACUGAACCCGAUGCACUUCGUCACGUAUACUCCCGCCUUCCUCGGUUGCCGGAUAUUGCGCUGGAGUUAUGCCGGAUACAAGACUGGUUCUGCUAUUGUAUCGGUGCCUGGGUCAUCUGCUUUCAACCCCAUUUGUGUAGUGUGGAAUGAGGUUGGAGGUGAUCGGAGUGGGGUGAGGAGCAAGUACCUUGGAUCAAUGGCGAGAGGGAGCAGCCUCCUCCAUCCGUUGGAUUAUGUCGACCAUCCUCGAGGUCCCGGCCCCGGAUUUCCCCCUGUCUCGCCGUACCGCGCCUAUCACGACGUCCUCCCUCAUCAUCGGAGCUACUUGGAGAGAGAGGGUGGGCUGGCGACGUCGUGCACGGGAACGGGAACGAGUGGGACGGGGAAUGAAUCCACCCUAGGAGGAGGUGGUCCGGCGCCGAAGAAGAUCCGUCUGGGCAUGGGAGUCGGGGCGCUUGGGCUUGGACUCGGGCUCGGGGUCCUCGACGCGAAACCUGAGCUUCGUCAGCCCCUUCGGGUGGACGUGGACUCUCCUCAAGCCUCCUCUGCCUCUGCAGCCGGCACCCUAUCGCAGGGCUUGGACCGGAAGGAGCUGCAGUAUCAGCCACAAGUUGAGGCUAUCUCCCCGACUCUUCCUGGAGAAUCCAUGUUGGAUGAGAGUCUCCGGUCGACGAAGGAGGAUCUGUUGCAAAGGAUCAAUAAGGUGGAUCGAGACAUAGCUGUCGUCGAGUCCCAGAUUGCCAAAACCACCAAGAAGCAGCAAGAAUUGGAGGAGGCAGCCAAGCGAGGGGACAAGGAUCAUGAGGAGGAAACUCCUAAAGAGUCCAAGCAUCAGAGCAUCGCUCAAGUAAUUUAUGCUGAGAAUAGGCGAAGAGCCCAGCAGUCAUAUGAGAAGUUGACAAAACUUGGUCCUAGCCUUGAUCUUCCACUGUAUAUGCAACCAUCAGACGUACCAGUGUACCAAGAGAACAAGCGGACACAUGCGGCAUUCAAGCCACGGCUAAUGAAGUUUUUGGCUAGAGAGCAGGAAGAGAAGCGAGAACGAGAUCAGUACCUAGUGGACACAUAUAGCCAUCUGAUGAAAAUAUGGCUUAAGAAGACAGAGAAGAUAGAAAACAGUCUCAAGCGAAAGACUAGGGAUGCAAAGUUCCGUGAACACUUUGAGAAAGUCUUCCCAGAGCUCAAGAAGCAGCGAGAAGACAAGGAACGCUUCUCUCGGAUGGGAGCUAGGGUCAAGAGUGAUGCUGACAUGGAGGAGAUCAAGGACUUCCUGCAGGAAAAGGAGAUGGAGGAGCGGAAGAUGCGACAGCUAGCUGUGAUACCCCCAGCAGUGGUAACACUGAAAGAACGGAGGCGGCACAUCAACAACCAGAAUGGUUUCACUGAGGACCCCUUGGCCAUUUAUAAGGAGCGACAGUGGAUCAGUGUCUGGUCAGAUGCAGAGAAGGAACUUUUUAAGGAACGCUACCUUCAGCACCAAAAACAGUUUGGCAUAGUAGCCUCUUAUCUUGAACGCAAAACUGUCAAUGACUGUGUGCAAUACUACUAUCUGAGCAAAAAGAAGGAAACUUAUAAGCAGCUCUUGCGCAAGAGCCGUGCCCGCAACCGUGCCCGGGCUGUUGGGAAGCCUGGCACUGCUACAGGUCAUCCUGCCCAAACAGUUUUGGACACUGUGGGUGGAGUCACUACUCGUGGGUCAAUGCAACGGGAGCAGAUGGCCAUAGCCACCUCGUCAUCACAUGCUCAAGCCCAUGCAUCAGCAAUGUCUGAAGUGCAGGUGCCUCGAACCGAAAGCAUGGCUGUGAGUGUCAGUGACGAGGUUCAUGAUUCGAGUCGUGUGGAGGAGAAGGUGAAGGCUGAGCCCUCUGCUACUCAGUAUGAACAGAUCUCAAAUGAAAGUACAAGCUUGGAGGGUGAGAUAAUGGGGAAAAACCAAAAGGCUCGCACCAAGGGCCACAUUGAUACUGACUCCUCCGACGAUGACCUCGACUAUGAUAGAUGUCCCACCGUCUUCUAUUCAAGGAGUAAACUAUUCCAGAACCUGAUUUGA